UAAGCCCCUCCCGCUAAAAGGUGCAAGCAAAACGGAAAUAUCUCAUCUCGAACGGCGAUAGCAAUGGCGACUGUCAGUAACUCCCUCUGCUCUCCGCCUUGUAGGUGGCGACCUGCCACCGCGCUGGCGCGAUGGUCGCCUCCUCGGCCGAGGACUCGCGGCUGCUCUCCCCCGCCAUCUCUCUCCUCUGCAGAACACACUCUAGCGCAGAUUGAGAAUUCCGGCGUCAUCGCUUGUCUUCGCGCCAGUAGUCCGGAGCUGGCAAUGGAAGCUGCAUGUGCUGCACUUCGAGCUGGCAUAUCAGUUCUGGAGAUUGUAGUGUCCACUCCAAGUGUGUUCGAGGUCUUACAGCAAUUGGUGCGAGACUAUCCUGCAGCAGUUUUAGGAGUGUAUCAGGUUGGAACUGUUUUGAAUGCUAAGGAUGCUCAAAUCGCAAUCAGUGCUGGUGCGAGGUUCCUCAUGAGUCCAGCAAUGGUUAAGGGCAUUUUGGCUGAUACGCUGGCCAGUGAAGUUCUAUACAUUCCUGGUGUAAUGACUCCAACUGAAAUACUGUCUGCUUAUGAUGCUGGUGCCAAAAUUGUCAAGUGUUGGACAGGUCUAUCCAGUUUCAGCUCUAGGAGGUAUCAGUUACAUAUCAGCAAUUCAGAAGCCUUUCCCUCACAUUCCAAUGGUUGCCUCUCAAGGUGUUACAAUAGAAUCAACGGGAGAAUAUAUUGCUCAUGGAGCAUCAGCAGUUGUCCUAUCAGAAGCUAUUUUCAAUAAAGAGGCAAUGAGUCGAUGCAAUUUUGAUUUGAUAUCUCAACUCGCCCUGAAGGCUUCCUUGCUCGGCAAUGAAGCCGUGAAACAGAAGAGAAGGUGUACUCGAUAAUAAACUUGUUUGCAAAAGGAGGCUUUAUUUCUUACAGCACGGAGACCGUCACGUUGAAUACAGCCCUGGUGACUGACUGCUUGAGGUCAGAUGGAUAGAAGCUGAUAAGAAGGGGUAAAACCUUCAGCUCAUCUCCCCUUUUCAUCACCUAAUCAUUUUACCGAUGUUACAGGCCUUUGAAUCCGAGGGAAUCGAUUGCUAGGGAUAAGAAAGGAUACAGGAGGCCAUUUUAUGUUAGUCGUCCCUUCAAAUGCUUCAGCUGCGUGGUCGACAUGUUUCUUUAGCCUCGUGUUUCUCUUUGAGAAAUGUUUGGACGAAAAAUUGGAGGGCCAGCUCGUGAAGGAAUAUUAAUCUAAUAUGUAAUACAAGCAAUAGAAGUGUUUAUCAACCUGAUUGAAACGAACCUGAAAUAUAGAGAACCAAAUGACGGGAUAUAAAAAAAAAUACAAUGAUAGGAGGUGUACGAUUACAUUUAUUUACGAUAUUGAGUUGAGUCUUCGGUUCAAAGAAAAAAUUAUUCGAAGGUUACAAUUUUGAAGAUGCAGUACUCAUUUAGCGAGCAUCUAGUAUAUAAAGAUAUUUGUACUUCUUUUCACAUACGGAAAUAUCAAAUUCCAAUCA